GCGUUGGCAGCGACGGAUAGUAGAAGAUUGGGAACAUCGAGUAGUCGUGGCAUGGAUCGAGAUGAUCGAUUUGCUGUUGCGGCUGGGGGAGGAGCAGGAGGAGGAGGGUCGUCGUCUUGGUACGGAAGCAGCGGUACCGAGGCAGGCAGCAGACGUUUCAAUAACUCAGAUUUCAAUAGACGAAAAAAUUCGAGCAGUGCUAACAAUAGUCCAUUGUAUUAUCAUCAGCAACCACAACAACAGCAAAAAUCACAAAUGGACUGGAGUGCGACUGGCGGUAGUGGUGGUUCUGGUGGUGUGGGUUCGACUGAUACAUCUGCUGCAUCAGCGUUGAACCAACGAGGUGGUGGUGGCAGCUAUGGUUUGACCGGGAUUGCUGCUGGCACUCCAGGAACAGGUAGUGGAACGGUAUUGGGCGCUGGUAACGCGAAUUCGUCGUAUGCUGGUUUAAGACAACGCUCACAUUCACCGUCAUCGAGACAACCUCAGACACAGUUCUAUCAUCAUCAGAGACAACAACAGCAGCCGUCAUCUGGAGGGAAUAGCAACAAUACAAAUCAACGACAGGGUAGUAGCAGUAGCAGUGGAGCUGGAGGAGCUGGUGGUGGGUAUCGUGAUUAUGGUGGUAGCGGAGGGCUGGAUCAUCCGUCGAUGUCGUAUCACGACCGUCGAGAGCAGUGUUCAAGCGGAGGAGAUUAUCGCAAUCGCCAUGAUCGUAACGCUUAUCGUAGUCGAAGUCGUAAUGAUGAUAGCUCGUAUCGGGAUCGAUCAACUGGAAACUAUCAAAGAGAUCAGAUUAUUUGGAGCAUUGGAUUGGUUGCAAUAGGUUUUUAG